CACAAACAAAAUAAAAGGAACCGUUUCCUGCUCUCGUCCCUUUUCUUCCUUUCAUCAUCCUUCAUUGCCCCUCAUCGCCACAGCAGCGCCAUUCUACCCCGCCUUCUCGUCCUAACCCUCCACCUUCUAUUCUUACACGAUGGGUCUCAUUGAUGAAUUCCGCUCGGGAAACUUCUCCCUCUAUGGCCAAUGGUGCGGUCUUCUCUCGAUUGUCUGCUUGAUCUUGUUCGGCAUCUUGAGCCUUAACGUCCUUUGGUCCAUUCUGGCAUGGAUCAUUGCCUUUUUGCUCAUUUUUAUCGAGAUUCCUCUCUGCCUGAAAUGCUGCCCUACCAGUGCCAAGUUCGACAACUUCUUGGGGCAGUUCCAGAACUCCUACUUCCGUGCCGCGGCUUACAUUGUAUUUGCCGUCAUCAUGUGGCUCGCUGUCGGCGUUGGUGGCAGAACUCUUCAAGUUGUUUCGGCUUUGCUGUUGACUGCUGGAGCUGUGUCCUACGUUAUUGCUGCCGCUCGCCACCAAACUCCAGCCUCGAGCACCAUCACCGGAGGCACCGGUGUGUCCACCAUUGUAUAAAGCUAUUACAAAGGACCCGUCAACUCUGGAACUGUCACCAACUGAUGCGCUCUUCACUGGAUUCUCGACUUCCCAUUAAUAUUACUCGCUACUGUUACAUAUCCUCCUCCAGAAUAAAAAAAAAGAAAAGAAAAAGCGAGAUGUGUGAUUGCAACAACAUACUGUGUACGAGUGAAAUACUGACUUCAAAUUUUAAAGAAGGCAGCAGCAAUAUACCUGAGCAGAUCGAGCGACUCUUUGCCUGCGAACCCUUUGGUA